GCGCGACCUUCUCAUACACUCAGAGUCACCACCACCAACCAGGGUGGCCUGCAGAGCAUCUCCUUCAGUCUACAGGUAGGAUCAUCAAUGGUGCAUUUUAUAUUUUUAUUUUUUGUUUAAGAUAAAACUGCAACGCAAUUUAAAACACUUUUGUUCGCUGCUUAAUUGUGAGGGUGCAGAAUUAAGUACACAAAAUAGAAAGAUGACCGGAUUUUUAUGCGUUUGCUCAUAUUUGACUAAAACAACUGAAACAAAGAAGUUUUUGUUGAUAAUUUCGUAAAUAAUUUAUACUAAUAGAUCUUUGUGGCAUGAUAUUGUUAGAAAAAGAUGGAAAAACAAUGUUUGGGCUUUUUUAAAACCAUCAAAAAGUUAAAAACUUUAUUGCACAAAUGUUUUUAAUUACUGUUGCUGUUUAAUUUUUCUAGAAAAAUCAGUAUUUUUCAUUAUUCUUAUGAGACAUAAACAGGUAUUUCCUUCAUGUGGUGAUUUAAAUGCCCUGAUGCUGCACUGUCAUCCUGUGUUAACCACAGAGAGGUGGAGUAGUGUGGCACAUGUAGCAGGCAUUUAACUGAUGCCUGUUAAACGGAUCGAAACACCACAAUGAGGAAGCACGUAGUCUCUACAGACUUUCUCCUAUUUUCCCAGUGAUGCCUUGCUGAAAUGGUUCCUCAUGGUUCUGCUUUUGUCUUCUCAGGUGUGUAUUGAGCUCCAGCAGUAGAGUGUGACAUUAGCCUGUUUGAUCACAGGAGUUUCACACUAAUUCCCCUGCAGCUCACUUCAGCCCAUCCACACCUGCCACUUUGACUUCCACCAAACCAGCUUCCACCAUGGACGUCUUCUCCUCUCUCGUCUCUCACUCCUCAUGUCCCCACAUGUACCACUCAGCCAGCAAGCCCGGUAACUCCAACACCACCAUCUCUGGCUCUGGAGUCAACAAUGUGAUACUGCUGCAUUACAACAACACCGGCCGCCUGCAGAACCGACCCAUCUCAAAUACCCAGAACCAAAUCAGUAUCACCACUGCCAUGUUCCUCCUCUUCAGUAUCUGCAUCAUCCUGGAGAACUUCCUGGUUCUGGUGGCUGUCAUCACCCGUAUCCGCCACAGCCAGCGUUGGGUAUUUGUCUGCAUCGCCAACAUUACACUUAGCGACCUCCUCACCGGCGCUGCUUAUGUUGUCAACAUCUGUUUGUCUGGUAGUAAGACCUUUCGCCUCACCCCUGCUCUGUGGCUCUUCAGGGAGGGGAUGCUUUUUGUGGCUCUGGCUGCUUCCAUAUUCAGUUUGUUUCUGAUUGCUGUGGAGCGUUACACCACCAUGAUGAGGCCAUUGCCACAGAAGUCCACCCGGUGGACCUACUACAGGAUCUACGGCUUGGUCUUUCUCUGCUGGUGUUUGGCCGCGAUCAUCGGCUUCCUCCCCUUGCUUGGCUGGAACUGUGUGUGCAGCCUGAAUGAAUGCUCCACUCUCCUCCCUCUCUACUCAAAGACCUACAUCCUUUUCUCUCUCAUCAUUUUCUUCCUGAUUCUCCUUGCAAUUGGUGUGCUCUAUGGUCUCAUCUACUGCCACGUACACAAAAGUGCAAAGCUGAGCGCUCAGCGCAACCGCAAGCGCUCCUUGGCUCUGCUUAAAACUGUGAUCACCAUUGUGGGGGUCUUCGUAGUCUGCUGGGGACCUCUGUUCGUACUCCUGCUGGUGGAUUUCUUCUGUGGCUCCCGUCAGUGUGCAUUGCUGCAAAGUGCUGACUAUUGCAUCUCACUAGCUGUCCUAAACUCUGGCCUGAACCCCAUCAUAUACGGACUGGGUAGCAGUGAAAUGAAGAAGGCCAUCUCUCAGCUGCUGUGCUGCUGCUGUGUGAGGGUCGGCCUCUGUCACCCAGACCGCUUCACAUCCAAGGAGACCAGCAGCACCAGUAGCAGGAGGGACAGCCUGAGGAACAGUUUCAACAAAGUCAGAAAUCUGAGCGUGGCCUCCCCGCCCUCAACCCCGAAAAAGCCACGUAAGGCACCAAAGAAAUACAGGCUGAGCUCCACAACCAGCUGCCUGUCAGUUUCAAGUGGUUAAAACCACAACCUGAUCCCCUCCCAAGCAAAAACGACCUGUGUGCACUGAUACAUAUCUAACCGUUUCCUCCCAGUUUUGGUUUGACUGUUCAGUGCUUCGUCUGCAGGUAUUUGCACUGUGCACGCUGUCAAAAAGUAUAAAUUUAUCCUCAGGUUGCAGUGAUAUGACUUUUCAUUGGCUUUUUUCAGCCCUUACUUCAUCCGUUAUUGCACUUUGUUGUUACAGCUAGCUUUUUAAAAAAAAAUGUAUUUGUGAAUAGACAAAAUAUUUGCUAUAAGAGUUGACAUGGAUAUAUGUUUUGUUAAUAAUGGAAAAAAAUGUAUUUUUGUAUUUCAUUAUAUUGUAGUGCAUUGCUUGUAAACUGAUGCCUUAUUUUGGUGUAACAUUUAAAUAAAAUAUAUUUUUUGUUA